AAUUUGGGUUAUCGGAUAAUCCAAUUCCAACAAAAACAACGUUUCUUUGAGUUUGAGGUUGUCUCUCUUCGUUGGACUCUCUUAUCUUUUGCGUCUCCUUCGACUUCCAUUAGUUUCGGAUUGUUUUAUUUAGUAGAUGCAGUCUAGUUUGGUUUGUGAAUGGCAGCCUCCGAUGGUAGAGUUACAUACUCUUCACUUUCUAAUCUAGAAAAGGAAAACACCCAUUUUGGGUACGAUGCCACGAAUCACCAUGGUGAAUCUGCAUGGUCUGAGCCUAAGUCCGGCCCUACAAUUGGCCCACCGGGCUCAACCUUCUCAAACCAAGAGAUAUUAUAUCAGUUCCCCUCUGAGGAUGAUGGCUUGUUUGAUGGAGGUUAUGAAUCAGGUGAUGAUGCUCAUGGUAUUGUUUCCUCUAACAAGCCUCCAGAGGUAAACUUGAAGAAUGUGCUUUCUGGGAUCUUUGCUAUUUUAACUGGACAAAACAGGGGUCCAACUGUUGCUGCAAACCAGCAGCUCCCAAGUUCAAAUGUGUCAUUUCUUGAUUCUGGAAAGAAUGGGGAUGUUUUCCUUGACUCAUCAGUGUACACACCGAGUGCACCGCCCCUUUGUCUGCCAAAUGGAGCUGAUUAUAAUUCCUACAAGGAGAUUUUGGAAGCUGAACCCCCUGAGUGGCUCCCUGAUAGUUCUACCACUGUUUGUAUGCAGUGUAAUGCUCCGUUUACUGUGCUUACCCGUGGUAGACAUCAUUGCCGGUUUUGUGGAGGAAUUUUCUGUCGAACUUGUACAAAGGGGCGGUGUUUAUUGCCUGUUGGGUUCAGGGAAAGGAAUCCUCAGAGGGUUUGUGAUGCCUGCUAUGAUAGGCUUGAUCCUUUACAGGGUGUUCUUAUCAACACUAUAAGCAAUGCUGUGCAGGUAGCUAAGCAUGACGUCAUGGAUUGGACUUGUGCUAGAGGAUGGAUUAAUCUUCCCAUUGGUUUAUCUAUGGAACAUGAGAUAUAUAAAGCAUCUAAUACAUUGAGAAACUACUGUCAGGUGGCCAAAUCCAAUCCUGAGAAGUCCAUCCCUUUAGCUGUUCUUAAAAAUGCCAAAGGCCUAGCAAUUUUAACAGUUGCCAAAGCUGGUGCACUGGUCUCCUACAAACUGGGUACUGGCUUGGUUGUUGCUCGAAGAUCAGAUGGAUCAUGGUCUGCACCAUCGGCUAUAUUCACCUUGGGUUUAGGAUGGGGUGCUCAGAUUGGUGGUGAACUUAUGGAUUUUAUAAUUGUUCUUCACGAUAUGAAAGCUGUGAAGACAUUCUGCAGUCGCAUGCAUUUUUCUCUUGGUGCUGGUUGUAGUGCUGCAGCAGGGCCUGUUGGGAGAGUGCUUGAGGCAGAUAUUCGUGCGGGUGACAGAGGCUCUGGCAUGUGUUACACUUACAGUUGCAGUAAAGGUGCAUUUGUGGGAGUGUCCAUGGAAGGAAAUAUAGUUGCAACCAGGAUGGAUGCCAAUUUACGCUUUUACGGGGACCCUUAUCUAACCACAUCUGACAUUCUACUAGGGAUGGUGGACAGACCAAAGGCUGCUCAACCUUUGUACGCCAGUCUUCAAGAACUUUAUUCCAGUUUACGCUACUAAGAUGGCACCUCAUUCUUGUCACAGAAUUAUGCCUUUCAUUCUUUCAGCUGCAAGUAGUUUGUCAAAUACUGCCUGAUGUAUAUACAGUUCUAUCUCGUGAUGGAUUCCUGCAUUGUGAUUCCCGUUGCCAAUUCAAAGUCCUCUAUAUUUGGUUCAUGUGGAUGAGGGAUCCCCUUAUAAUUGGUUAUACAUUAUAUAUUUAUUACUAAUGAUGCAAAUAUCCAAUACACAUGUAUAAUGUGAAUAUGUUGAUAGACUCAUUGUACAUAGAUAAUCGUUGAAACAAGUUAUAUAUUCGUUUGCUGACUUUUAUUCUUCCUGAGGGGUGUUUUUGGAGUUGGAUUUACAAGAUAGUAAUAUUAUAAUGUUCUGAAGCUUGAAGGGGACAGCCAACUUCUGUUACUUGCAUGUUGAAGGUUAAUCUUCAAUUUUGAAUGACAAUUGGGGGUUUACGCCUUUACCAAGAAGUUUCUUUCUUUAUUUUUGGCUGUAAAAGACAAUCUGGUUGAGGUUUUUAUUUCCUACAGAUGUUUUCUCGAGAGUAAUCAUAGAUGUUACAAUUUACACGACUCAUUAAUUCUCAAGUUCAAACUUGUUGAGGCCGUGGUUUGUUACUCCUUAAAAUGUAAUUUGGCUAUCUGAAACUUUUUUUUCAAGUAGGAAAAAGUUGCUGUGGCUUAAAGGAAUUUGG